AUGAACUUUGUGAACACCUACCUGCUUCUUCCACUGCAGCGCAAGAUUUUCAAAAACUUUGGCCACUAUGACUACCAGACGAGCACGUUCUACCUCAACGAGGAGCGCGUGAAUGAGGUCUUCUUCGACCCUGCGUAUAAUCCGUUUGUCGACGUGCUGCGCGAGACGUCGCACGCGUCGGCUGUCGCCUCGUCCAAGGCGGCGGCAGCGGCGGCACAGCAGCAGCACCAGCACCAGCGUGUCUUCUCCUUUUCCACUGUGCGAAGAUGGAACACCACGAGCGAUACUGAUGCUGGUCUUUCAGCGUCGCCUUCGCCGCCGAGUCAACCCUGCAGUGGGUCGGUGGACAGUGAAGCCGCAGCGGUGACGGCGGCGGAAGGGGCGGAGAGGAACAGGGAAUUCACUGCUGGCGUACCACGCAGCCCACCGGUGCGACUGCUCAGCGGCAAGAUCCGCUCCGCCGGGCUUGUGUCGUUCCUACGCCAAGUCACGACGCAGAAAUCGCUGUCGGUGGAGUCCAUGGAUUUAGUCUUUGACGUGACCACCGCAGCGAUCGCGGACCCUACUGGUGUCUCUCACACAGACGCUCCCUCUCUGGUGACCCGGCCCGCGGGUGUGCCGCGCGAUGCGGAGGACGAUACUGCACGUCAGCUAGGCGGUACUCCUCUCCCAGACCCUGCAGCGGCAGGGUUGUCUGUUGCGGAGGAAGGCGACGACGUGAAACCUACGCAGCCGCCCUUGUACUCGUCGAGGCGGUUUCGACGCGACGAGAUGGCGAAGCUGGCACGGUCGUACUCCAUUGAGGAUCACUCAUGGCUACAGAGCGAGGAGGAGAAUCAAGGCUCCUCACCCGACGCGACAGGAGCAGACUUUGGUAACUUGGACGCGGACGCUGGGCCGCUAGCUGCUGAUGGCGUCGCGAGGCCAGCAAGCCCCAAAGAGGGCCCCACGACACAGUUUCACACGGUGGGGGAUCUGAUGACAUACCUUAAGCAGCAGCUGCAGGGCAUGGCGGUAGGCGUGGAGGAGGUGCACCUCACCUUCUGCAUCCCACCCGUUGGGGCCGCUGGGUCACUCCUGCGCAGCACAGACUCCGCGAGCCGCCGCAGCGGCCGACCGCAUGCGGCGGCACGGGCAAGUGCUGCGGCGGCACCGCUGCACCUGCGCAGUGGCACACGUGUGUUGCAUCUGUCGUGUCGCCGAGGGCUCCGCUUCACGGUGGACGAGUCCACUGGGGCGUCGGUGGAAGACAUGCAGUGCACGGCGAGCAUACAGGAUUGGCAGUGCUACGUUCACGUCAUGACCAGCGAUGGCCCGCUGCCGUCGGAGUUUUCCCUGGACGACUUGGUUUUCACGACGUCUACAGCGCUCACCGCGGGUACUGCAGGGCAGCCGCCGCGGGCAGCAGCGAGGGAUGACACCGAGUCCGCUGCUGGAGCACCCUUUACAGUGCGUGUCGCCCGUCGAGGUGCCGGUGCAGCUGCCAACGCCACGAGUACUUCGCCUUCCCCUUCGUUGGCGUCUGCAGAUGUGACGCCGCCGCCGAAGGUUCUUGUUGACGUGGACGCCGCAGAGGGUUGGAGCAUCGUCCUUUCUGCAAUGCAGAUAGCGCAUCUGGUGGCCAUGAUGAAGCAGGUAAUGGGUGAUUCGACAGAUUCGGAUGAGGGCGCGACUUCCGCACGCAGUCUCUCUUCCUCUUCGGCGGUGGAACCCGCCAGCACAGCAGGAGAGUCGGAUAAGCAGGUAGCGGCGGUCCCACUAGAUUCUGGCGAGGCCGUCACUGCCGCUACCCUGACCGCCACACAGCUGCGUUCCGCCGCCAAGUACGUGAACGUGCAUUGUGGUGGGUGCUCUAUCAGCUUACUGACGCAGUCCGUCGUCGACGCCAACGCUGUGGCGUGUGCGUGGCGCUGCGCGCUUUCCUCACAGCAGCUUGCGCUUCUCGACCCGCAGGCGAUUGCGCCUUUGAAGCAGUCGACUGCUGCUUCAACCCUGCCCGUGUACGAGGCCCUCACCACACCGCACUUCACGUAUGUCAUGCGCGAUGUGGACAUGCUUUUUCCAAACAUCGAUUCCGAGGCGCCAUUGUCAUCGUCCACGUCGGCACCGACGGCCAGUGGCGUUUUCCAGCAAUCGGCGAGGAAGCGGAAGAUUUACCGACGAAUCUUCGACAACAAACUGGCUGACCCCGUCGUGACGGAGCAGCUCGCGAGGGCACGCGCUGCUGCAGGAAGCUCCAGCAACGGCGGCGGCGCGAGUUUUUUCCUUGGCGUCGGGUCGAUCUCUUUCUUGGAGUACCGCCAUGCCACCGCCGCGGCCGGGCAACGCAAUGCAGCGUCGUCGUCUUCGUUCCCCGCUGCUGAAGUACGUUGCGUGCCGCUCUUGUCGCCCUUGCUGGCGCACUCACUGCGACCCGCGAAGCUUAUGCACGCCGAGCGCAGUCCAUACGCCUUGGUCAUCUUCCACCGUUCCACACCGCCACUGCCGGAUCAACCGCCUGCCGCGGAAGUACUAGCCCCGCCCCCAUCACCUUGCCUGUGUAUCUACCAGGAGACUGUUGUCGUUGGUGUGGCCAAGAUCUCCGUCCAACUUGACGCAGGACUGCUUGAGGUUCUUGCGAUGUACGGCACCACUGUCGAGGGGCUGAUCCGCCGCGUGGGCUGUGUGCCGCAGGGGUGCAGAGGGGAGCCAGAUCGCACGGCAGAGGCUCUGGCCGACGCCACAGGCUUGCCAGCUCACAGGCUCUCUUCGCCGCCGUCACCAAAUGUGCUCCCAUCGCCCGUGAUCCGCACCCGCAGCUCCGUCAAGGUGCUCCUGGAGAGUGUCGAUGCGUCGAUUCGAUUCCCUGUCUGUCCGAACGGCACCACAACCUCACCUGAGCUCUUACCCGAUCCCGCUGAUGGCGUGUCUGCGUCUACCGCAUCCCCCGCCUCAGCUGCAGCCGAACCGCAGUCGUUGCUGCUCGCGCGCCUUCUUCAGCGCUUAAGAGAGUCGAGUUUCGAUACCCAUCGUCAUAACCGUGCACUCCUCCGUCGCCGAGCACGGCAGGCGAAGGGUGACGGGUACCGGGUCGCGGUAUCGCCCACAACGGCAUCGACGAAGCUGGCGGAGGAGGCGGCGGUCGCCUCAACGAUCGCCGUACAGGAGCAGCUUGGGUUUCCCGAGGACGUGGACACGCGGGCACGCUUCCUGCCCGAGUUGCUGAGCUUUUCGCUGCGCGACUUGCAGGUGGUGCACACGCCAUCCGCAACCACGGCUGCGCGAGGCGCCGAUGUGGCCACACCCGCUGCUGUGGUUUACACACCCGCGAGUACGUCGGUCAAAUGGCGUGAGGCGGUCGUGUAUCUGCAAGAUAUCCUGGAGCAGACCAAGUCGGAGCUGUUUCGUGUGGACUACAGCCACGAGAUGAACAUCAACGUGACGCACACCAGUCUUCCUGGCCUUGCCGGAGGAGCGUGGAGAGCUUUGGAACGCGUUCUGGCGCUGCAGAUACGACUAGGUGAGAUCACGACAACCGCACUGACACAGGACGACUAUCUGCUCGCAACUCACUACGUGAGCGAGCUGCUAUUGACGCUAUCGCGGUGCCGCCAGCGCCUGCACGCCGGAAGGGUAGCCACAGCAGCGAGAGAGCCCGGCAGCAACGCACCACCGCGUGACCAGCUACCUGUUGUAGGUGUGGCUUCUGUGCGAUCAGACGACCUCCCUGUCCCCGACGAAGCAGGCACGGCAUCGGUGGAUGUCUCGGAUGAAAGCCGGUCUUUGCACACAUCUGGUGGUGGCGUUCGGCCUAGCGAGCGCCGCGACGAGCUGGCCGAACAUCCUGCCGGCUCAGUCGCAGAAGCCUUCGCCAUGGCAGAUGCGCUGACCACGGGCCACGGCUGUGUCAGAGCGAGGGUGCGCAGGUGCGCCGCGGACGACGACACUCAGGAUGGUACUUCGAGGCCCAAGUCUCGAGGCAGCGGCGAUGGCGGCGACAGCGCAGAUCCGCUGCGGAACGCUGUGCCAGAGCUGUGGCGCCUCUUGGACACGACGUGCACAUCACUUGACGUGCGCGUCAGUCGCAUUCGUCUGGGGCUCUUCGCGCCUCGUCUCUCGCCGAUGGGUCAGGUGGUCGGUGAGCCGCUUUACCGAUGCCUGCCGAGGUCGCAGCGGCGCUGCCUGGUCGACUUGAACUGCCUCUACCACCUUUACAUCAUGGAGCUCGUUGACGUGUCGGUGCGUGGGCUGAGCGGCGACGGCGCUCUCGCUAAGGCUGGGCAGGCAAACUACGCGCGUGUGCGAUUGGGCGGCUUCGCUUUGUGGGAGCGGCAGCCGGCGCCGGCGCCGCCACUCGCGUCCUGCGAUGGUCGCGACGCUGGCGGAGGGGCAGGGGCGGGGGCAGUGUCGCCGCUUUACAAGAGCCACGUAUCGAAUUCUGUUGGCCCUGGCGGUGCGCCACCCGUGUCGCACGGCCUGGGGGGAGGCAUGUGCCGAGACUUGGCUUACUAUAUGCCCAACUCCCUGGCAGCUCACUCUGGCCACCGACGUGCCGGCACUCUGGUGCAGCUCGUGCAAAGCUACACAGAAGUGCGAGGUGACGAAGAGGAGAGGGAUGACAGGGGCCACAGAGAUGCGAGUGACACGACCCAGGGCGAUGACGACAGCGGCGGUCAGUGGGUUAGCCACAGCUCACGAGUGCUGUCCGACGUUUGGGCUGCCUACGUGCGAGAGCUCCUAUCGAUCACCACGGCGGCUGGACGAGCCGCGCACGCACCGCUGCCCACUGUUCGUGAGAGCGGUGUGUGCGAGGUGCGUCUUCUCGAAAUGGCGAGGGUGUCGCCCAUCGCAACCGCGGUGCACUCCUGCCACACUACAUCGUUCGUGUCCACUGCUUUUCCCGCUGCACCGGUGCCACCCAACAGGCGGUAUUUGUGGCUGCAGCUAACUGGCUUGGGUCUUCAUCACGCUGUGGCAUACAAUGGUGAUCAUCUGGCGGCGGUACUGAAGCAGUACUUCAGCGGUGGCGGCGGGGCUGUUGCUCCGGCGGCGUCUGUCGUACGAGAUGGCGGCGAGGCGAGGGGCGGGGCUGAGGGGCUUGCCACGUCCGCUUUCCCGGAGGAACCGCUCUGGACGACAAAGGUGCACGUCGACGUUGUGAACCUCAUGGCCACGUACCGCCCUCGCGGCGCCGGCCGCUCGCUGGCGGUACUGCUGCUCCCGCGUGCUUCGGUGCUGAUAAAGCUGCCAGUGAUAGUUCCGGCGACGCCGGCGUCAGCGGAAGCGCAUGGGACCGCCAUACCACCUGAAGAGCUACGACGGGGUAGUGCUGCAGCGGGGUCGCUGGAGACGUCGUCGCCACCACCUGCCUCCGAAGACGUGUCUGCUCCACUGACGAUGCGCGCGCAGGCGUGGCUGCACACUUCACUACCGCUUUACGUGUGCAACGACUUUGACGUGGAGGCGCUUGUUCGCGAGGUGCUCAACCCGGCCGAGAGCGACGACUGGGGUGUGGACCUGGAGAGCGCCGGCUUUGUGCGUCUUUGCGAGGUGAUUUCUACGGCCGCCUGCUCCUCCUCGUCCUCGCUCGCCACGGAUAUGCAGCAGAACACUGAUGACGCCGGUGCACCCAGAGCGGGCAAAUCGACUUCGUGCUCGCGAACGCCAAACCUGAUCCUCACGGUGCGCUCGAAGAGCUUAAGCGGAUCGGCGUCAGGAGCCCACGGUGGCGGUGACACAAGAGAAGAGGGGGGCUCCAUCGACUACGCCUACUUGGCGCCAGCUGUGUCGAUGCAUCUGCAACACAUCGAGCUGUCCGCGUUCAUGGCGAAGGAUUCCUUCGAGGUGUUCCGCGAGCUUGUGGAGGCAUGGGGAUCAGGGGCUGACCUGAAGGCGACGGAUGCACCGGCAACGCUCGUCAUGCGCAGCGGGCCCGGCUUUGAGUGGGUGGCGGAAGAGGUGGCGCGCAGCUGUGCCCCCAUGACGUUCCGUGUGAAUCCUUACCUCGUCACCAGAGGCAGGGCAGCGGAGGAGGAUGCAAGCAGUGGGGGGCUUCUACCCUCUCCAGUCGGUGCGCCGAUGAUGCGUACCAUUGCGAGUGUCGACGACUACACAUCGCACUACCCAUUUCUGCCGUCGGCCACGUCGUUGCAGGCGUCUAGCGACUUUGAAUCGCCGUGGACGGCGCCGGAAAAGUCGCAGCUAGGUCCCCCUACUGGCAUGGGAGGCUAUAACGCCUCUUACUCGGGUUUUCGGAGCAGCGCGAGCGCGUACGGGUACAGUCGCUGGCUUGAUGCCCUACACGCUUCAUACGGACGAGACCCACAGCUCUACGACACGUACCAGGCACGCGCUGCCGAACUCCUCGAUGGUGCGCCCUGGGUGCCGCUGCACCAACGAGUCCACUCUAUCUCCUCGAACGCAAGCGGUGUGGCGCAAGAGAGAACGCGACGCGGGCGGAGCGCGUCCCCGCUGCCUGCGUCGUCCGCUGAUGCGGUGCCGCAGUCCCGGCGCUAUGAUGAGGUCUCGGACACCAUUUCUGUGUCAAGCGACGACGAUGACGAGCUGACGGCCGAGGAAGGCGCGGCGGCGGUGGCGCCAACGCGCGGCGUACGCGACGCGCAGGGAGGAGCAUCACUCCUGUUGCCUCGGCCGUCACUACCGAGGGCGGCUGCUCCUGGUACUGCGAUCUCCUCUCUGUCCUCGUCCUUUUCCGAUCUGGAGGAUACGGUGGCGUCUGGAGCACAGCUGCGAUGGUGUGUUCUAGCGUCUGAGGAUUCUGUUGCAUCAUCGCUGCUGCCCUCUGGCGAUCCCCGGCAUUGCGGCGACCGUGCCGACUCCGAUGCCGCCGCCGGCGACCCAGGCGUAGCCACAGAGAGGCGCAUUGACCUAUUCGCUGCGUGCGAUCGGCAGCCGCACUUCCUCAGCUGCUGGUCGCGCGAGCGUGCCGAAGCGGCACGGCAGAGGCGUGCCGUGCGUCUUAACCGACUCGACUGCACCGAUGACGCCCUCCUCCACGACACCCCGGAAAAGUACCUCUACCCGCCGGUCGAGCUUGAGUUCUUCUUGAGCGACUGCUCCCUCAACCUCAGCUUGUACGAAGGAACGGACUUGAUGUCGGCGGCCGUCCGAAAGCAGCGGCGAGGCUACCUGCAGAUCGUCUCGCGAGGCGCGAGCCUGGCGCAGGCGGCACCGUACAUCUUCGGCGGCGACAGACGGUCAGAGGCGGCGCUAGCGCAGGACUCAUCGCACCCCCCAAACCGACGGACGAAGCCCUCGCUUUCGCGUUGCAGCUACGACACAACCUUAGGCACCGGCGCUACGUGGUCCUUACACACCAUCAGCGGGGAGUCCUCGACGUCACGGCUCGAGCGUUUGCACGAUCGUGGCUGCCGCAGUGGCUUUGGCGACCGUGAUGCAAGCAAGCGGCUUGUUCUCAGUUGCCGCGGCAUCACGGUCCAGAUGGACACCUUUCCUCAAGGCUCGGAGGAAGACUUGUGGUUCCACGUCGUGGUGGGGGAGGUAACGGUGUUCGACUGCAUCAACACCAGCGAUGUUCAUCGCCUGCUGACCACCACGCCGAAGCCGCCGGUGUCGCUCGCCGCACAACCGAGGCGAGGCAGCGGUGUUGCACGCUGCCAUGCUGACAUGCCGGGUGUCCAGGGUGGCGGCAGCUGCAGCCGCGGUGGGGCAACCGAUGCGCGACAGCUAGAGCUGACUGGGUUGCUGACCUCGUCAAAGAGCGUGCUUGCGGCGGCGAGCGGAGAUAUGAAGGAGGCGUCUCGUGCGUCCUUCACUGUCUCCCAUUUCCAGCAGGGCGGCAGCGAGCUUUCGCUGGCGGUUCGGCUGCAACCGACGUCGCUGACAUGGAGCGGCGCCUCCGUCGACUUUGCGCAGUCUUUCUUCUCCACUGCAUCGGCAUCGCCGCCCUCGUCGCCAGCCAACAGCAAAGGCGCCGCAACGAUUGCUGCGUCCUCGUCGUCUGUCCCAGCGGCUGAGGCCGGCACCAUUUCCGGCACCGAAGCACCGCCUCUCUUCUACCGCCGCGUGGUGAUCCUGCCCACAACGCUGACCGCCGCCGGCUCCUUCCAGAGCGACAAGGGGGUUCUGGCAGCUCUGUCAGAGGGCAACUCGCUUGAUGCCUUGCGCAGUGUACCGGUGCUCUCGUGGAUUUCGCUGCAGGAGAUUCCGCUCCCGAUCCCGUUCAUGCGCGUCGAGGACUGCAGCAGCGCCGCGACGCUUCUGCAGCGCAUCGUGGAAGACUCGAACUGUGUGUCGAUCCGCUUUUUGCUGACAGCGUGCUGCUGCGGGCUGCAACCGCUCUCCGCCGUCACACGUGUGGGCGAGGCGGCAAAGGGGCUUUUGCUGCUGCCGCUCUCGAACUACCGCGGCGCCGCGCUGCACCACGCGAUCCGCACGGCGUCUUCUGUGUUCAUGCAGGAGCUGCUCACGCAGGCGUCGGACAUGGCAGCUUUGCUGGCGAGCGGGUCCUACCAUGCAAGCCGCUCACUCCUUGAGGUGCUCGUGGCACCACAACAUCGUGGACUCACCAUAGAAGAGCCGUCGCGUGCUUCACAACCCGCCGGCGUCGCGGACGGCUGGCGGCAAGGCCAGGAGCAGCUGCGUGUUGGACUGCAGGAGGCGCUCACCAUGGCGAGCUACUGCACCGGCCCAGACGGGAGCCUUCUGCGCGUUCCCGCAGCGGCGCUGCGCCUGCUCAUGGGUGUGUCCGGCGCGGCGACGACAACCCUCUGGGGUGUUCGAAAUAGUCAGGGCAGUGCCAUGCGUGAGCGGGAUGGCCACAUCUACAAGAAGAAGUCCUGA